AAUAAUUAAUAUCGAUUAGUCAUGCGCCUUCGGGGUUAACGCAAUUCAGCUCCGUCUUCCUUGAUUAAAAGAGAGCAAAAGCCGCCACAUCGCGGCAUCUGCAGUUACUUACGCUGCUGCCUGAAUGUUUGGGCGGUUGACCUACCUGUCACUGGCAUUCGUUCUUACAUAUCUACAGGGCUGUAUUCCGUAAUUAUGGAGCCAUUUCGUCGAGCUCUCUCCGGUGACACGGAUUCACUGCACGACCAGGAGCCGCAGCGCAAGAAAAUGCGCAAAGGAACAAAGAGCUGCUAUGAAUGUGCGUUCGUUCUACUCUGACUUUGAUCUCCGCUCUACAGAUGUAACGAAAAAGCCAUACCAUUUGGACCAUCCUAUUAAUGCCGUGCUAGGCCGGCGUCGAAAGAUUCGCUGCACCUAUGCGCCCACUCGGCCCGGGAUAUGCAACGAGUGCCACGCGCGAGGCUCUUCCUGUAUCGAUCAGGAACAUGCGCCCCUGCGGCCGGAAGCUGCAAAGCUCCGUAUAGGAGACCAGAGCUACAGCUUGAGGGAGCGGGUAGCUGCUUUAGAGCACACCGUGAGCAAGCUGGUGAAACAAAUGGAUGAAAGCGACAAGGGUAGAUCUAAAGAGGCCGCAAGUUGGUCAUACACGGAGUCCCCCACAGAUAGCAUUGAUCGAGAUACCAAGAGCCUGUCCAACUGUCAGCCUGAAACGGUGCCGGAAGCCAUACCAGUCCGGUCCAAAUCGAUGGACCAAGGAAGCACUGGGCCCGGCGCUGCUCCCCUUUUGACCUUAUUCGAUAAUCACAUCCUUUCUCGGUAUGAGAAGCAUGUGGAUUUAGAACCCUCAAAAGCCGCCGAUCCAAUAGCUCUGAAAGAAAGACGUGCAGUUCUUGCACUGAGAGAGCUCCUGCCUUCCCCUGUGCAGCUGAAAAGACUAAUAAAUUCUCCGGCAAUUAUAUGGACCAUAUGGCGCGCAAGAUUCCCAGAAAUAUUAAAACCCGAGGCCCUCGAAAACCCUGCUGAUAUUGGAAAGAUUUUGUACUGCAUCAUCAUGACUCUUGAGCAACGUGCGGUAGAGUUCGAUUUCCAAUCCCUCAGGGUUCCGGUACCUAAGGAAAAAUACGUGGAACAAUGUGUUGCUGCUGUCCAAAAGUAUGUUAUCGAAGAUGACGACAUUGCUUCAUCUCUACCUGGUAUAGAGUGUAUCUAUAUGGCAGGAAAAUAUGAAAGCAACAUCGGCCGGCCACGAAAAACAUGGCUACUGACGCGCCGGGCUAUAAAUUUCGCCCAGCUAUCCGGCCUCCAUCUUCCGAACAAUCGCCCUGGGCCAGACGAUGAACUUGGAAUUCGCAAGCUUCAUAUAUGGUGUGGCCUCGCAUGCUCGGACCUAUACCAGAGCUCAAUUCUUGGGCUCCCUUAUUCUGUGCCGAUUCAUCUCUUGAAGCCUCAUAUCGCACAUUUACUGAAGGUUAAGAAGAUGGAUCCUGCAGAAGCAUAUAUGUUGCGUGUCUGCCUUCCAUUGGGAUCUAUAAUUGAUAGAAACCAAGACGGAGGCAAUAUGUCUCUUCCCCUUACCCUGAAAAUUGACCAAGAGUUAGAGGACAUGGGUAAACAGAUGGGAGACGAUUGGUGGGAUUCAUCCCAGUUAGGACAGCUUAGCCCCAUAGAAAAGAGCAGUCGACUUUGGUCACAAUUUGCUCACCAUUUCGUGAGGAUGUUGCUGCACCUACCAUUCAUGCUGAAAGCCAACACUGAUAAGCGUUGCCAAUAUUGUCAUAAUGCUGCUCUUGAAUCAGCGAGAAAAACCAUCGAGUGUUAUAAGGGCAUUUAUGAUAUUCGCAAUUCCGACCGUAUAUUUUGCAAAGUCAUUGAUUUUCAGGUUUUUACAUCUACGGUUCUCCUUAUCGUUCACUUGCUCGGCUCCCCUUUCGCCGACGACCCACAGACUCGUGCCGACUGGAGGUCAGCUAUGUCCAUUGCUCGAAUACUUCGCCACGACCCAGAUCUGCCCGAGGACUCCGUUAGCUAUCAAUCUGCGAGUGUCAUUGAAAAGUUAUGCUCUUGCCGAGAUGCUGAUGGGGCUCUGAGGACUGGAUUUAAAAGCAAAAAUUGCAACCAAGCUCGAAGGAUUAUACUUCCAUAUUUCGGAGCUGUCAGCAUUGUUCCUGGUAAGAUGCUGAAGGAACAGCAACUACAGCAGCAACAGCAGCAGCAGCAGCAACAACAACAACAUCAACACAAUUUGCAACAGCAAUAUCAGUACACACAACAGCAACAAAUGAGCCCGCCGAACUCUAUACCUGAGAAACAGAAUUCUACAAACUCAAGCGGGUAUACCACACCUCAGGAUACACCUUUGAUGUCACUAUUUAAUACCCAACUCCAACAGACUCCUAGUCAAUCAUCGUCGUCAUCAUAUCUACAAAAUGGCGUUCCAUUACCCGAACCAAAUCUAGAUGUGAAUUUAAAUCUCAACCUGAUGGAUGACACUGGAGGGUUUGGUAAUCCCAAUCUAAACUUGGAUCUCUUUCUUGGACAAGGGUGGAAUUUCGAAUGGAUGGAUGCACAGAACUUCCAGCCUGUCUGA